AUGUCACAGAUAAACUACGCCUCUGCCACGGCGGGUGGAGGCUAUAAGCCAUCAACACAACACAACACAGGUAAGAACCCCGUCUCCCCCUUGGUAAAAACAGUUGAGUAUUUGCUCGAAAAUCUCGCCGGCGAUCGGCCAUUGAAGCUCAUAAUAAAGAUGAAGCUAGCAUUAUUAGUGGUGGCAGUAUUGGUGAUUCUCUACAGUUUUAAAGGUGCUUUUGGUAUUAGAUUUGUUAUAGAUAGAGAGGAGUGCUUCUCUCACAAGGUUGAUUAUGGACACACUGUGCAUUUCUCAUUUGUGGUGAUUAAAUCCGAGGGGUCGUGGCAUUAUAGUGAAGAUGGUGUUGAUCUUGUGGUGAAGGGACCAAAUGGUGAGCAGGUCCAUGAUGUUCGUGACCAAUCGAGUCACAAGCACGAGUUUGUGUCUUAUCAUCAAGGAGUUUAUCGGUUUUGUUUCACGAACAAGUCCCCAUAUCACGAGACUAUAGACUUUGACGUUCAUGCAGGCCACUUCUUGUACCAUGAUGAGCAUGCCAAAGAUGAGCAUUUCAAGCCUCUUUUUGAGCAUAUUGGUAAGUUGGAGGAAGCUUUAUACAAUAUUCAAUUCGAGCAGCAUUGGCUGGAGGCCCAAACUGAUCGUCAGGCAAUAGUGAAUGAGAAAAUGAGCAGAGGGGCACUUCACAAGGUGCUGUUUGAAUCUCUUGCUCUAGUUGCGGUGAGCGGUCUUCAAGUCUACAUUUUGCGACGUUUGUUUGAGAAGAAACUUGGGGCGUCCAGAGUUUAA